GCGGCAGAAGCGCUGCGGCGGUGUGACGGCAUCACACGCUCCUGUGCUGUGCCUAUCCUACCGCGGCGCGACCGAAUACUCGGCGUUAUUACCCGGAGCGGCGACAUCGCUAGCACUCGUAUCCUGUUUAUUUUAUUUUUUUGCGAGUGUCUGUUGUUUCCCCCCCCCCCUCCUCCCUCGAUUCAUCGCUGCGGCGCAGGGAAGGGCAGAAGUGUGCGAGGGAGACAGACUGCGAAGGGGAGCCCGGAGGUUUCCCCGUCACCGCCCGUCAGCGCCCGUCAGCCAGGCUGAGUCACCGCUGAGAGAGCGAGGGAGAGGAGGAGAGAGAGAGCGAGGAGGGAGGAAGGGGAGACAGCACGCAGCAGCGGGAGCGGAGGAACGCGUGAGUGUGAGAGAGAAGGAGAGGAACGCAACAGAGACUGAGCGCGCGGCUCGGACGGAGAGAGUGUGAGAGGAGGAGACGGAGGAGAGAUCGCCCAUCCCCCCUGCAGAGCUCCACCAUGAGCGAUGUCACCAUCGUCAGAGAAGGCUGGGUACAGAAACGAGGAGAAUACAUUAAGAACUGGAGGCCGCGGUACUUCCUGCUGAAGACAGAUGGGUCCUUCAUCGGCUACAAGGAGAAACCGCAAGACGCAGACCUCCCCUACCCUCUCAACAACUUCUCCGUGGCCAAAUGCCAGCUGAUGAAGACGGAGAGGCCGAAGCCGAACACCUUCAUCAUCCGGUGUCUGCAGUGGACCACGGUCAUCGAGCGGACCUUCCAUGUGGACACGCCCGAGGAGAGGGAGGAGUGGAUGGAGGCCAUCCAGAUGGUGGCUGAUAAGCUGCAGAGGCAGGAGGAGGAGCGGAUCCAGUGCAGCCCCACGUCCCAGAUCGACAACAUCUGUGAGGAGGAGAUGGACACGUCCACCAGCCACCACAAGCGCAAGACGAUGAACGACUUUGACUACCUGAAGCUGCUGGGGAAGGGGACGUUUGGGAAGGUGAUCCUGGUGAGGGAGAAGGCCAGCGGCACGUACUACGCCAUGAAGAUCCUGAAGAAGGAGGUCAUCAUCGCCAAGGAUGAAGUGGCUCACACACUCACCGAAAGCAGAGUAUUAAAAAACACCAGACAUCCCUUUCUCACUUCUCUGAAGUACUCAUUCCAGACCAAAGACCGGUUGUGCUUUGUGAUGGAGUACGUCAACGGGGGAGAGCUGUUUUUUCAUUUGUCGAGAGAGCGGGUUUUCUCAGAGGACCGGACGCGGUUCUACGGUGCAGAGAUCGUCUCGGCGCUGGACUACCUGCACUCCGCCAAGAUCGUGUACCGAGACCUGAAGCUGGAGAAUCUGAUGCUGGAUAAGGACGGGCACAUCAAGAUCACAGACUUCGGCCUGUGCAAAGAGGGCAUCACUGACGCGGCCACCAUGAAGACCUUCUGCGGCACGCCGGAGUACCUGGCCCCCGAGGUGCUGGAGGAUAAUGACUACGGGCGGGCGGUGGACUGGUGGGGGCUGGGCGUGGUCAUGUACGAGAUGAUGUGCGGACGGCUGCCCUUCUACAACCAGGACCACGAGAAGCUGUUUGAGCUCAUCCUCAUGGAGGACAUCAAGUUCCCCCGAACGCUCUCCUCCGACGCCAAGUCCCUGCUCUCCGGCCUGCUCAUCAAGGACCCCAACAAGAGGCUCGGCGGCGGUCCAGACGAUGCGAAGGAGAUCAUGCGGCACAGCUUCUUCACCGGCUUAGACUGGCAGGACGUUUACGACAAAAAGCUGAUACCUCCCUUCAAGCCUCAGGUGUCGUCGGAAACGGAUACCAGAUAUUUUGACGAAGAAUUCACGGCGCAAACGAUCACAAUAACUCCUCCCGAAAAAUUUGAUGAAGAUGGUAUGGACUGUAUGGACAACGAGAGGCGGCCGCACUUCCCGCAGUUCUCCUACUCGGCCAGCGGGCGGGAAUAAGGCCCUCCGCCGGCCCCAUUUCAUCGCCACUCAAGGCUAUCACUGGAAAUAUGUUUACUCCCUUUUCCUUUAUUUAUAUAUACUAUCGACACGGACAACCGCGAAAGUCCCUUUUUUUUGUUCGUUUUCAUUUUUUGUUUGUUUGUUUUUGUUUUUUUAAAGGGAGUACUUGGGAUUUUUCUUGCAAGACUCGAUCCUCGCAGUCUCCAAAUAAACACGUCUCCUACGUUUUCGACAUCGCCGCCGACGACGGACUGCGAACGGAGUGCUGUUUACUUCGUGUUUCGGUUUCGGUUUGUAUCCGUUUGGUCGCCGUUCUUUUGAUCUUCUCUCGCCAUUUGAACAAACCGUUCACUUUCUGGAACAAAUACGAUACGCUGCCUUAUGCAUGUGUUGAGUUUUCGUUUCGCUUCCGCGACGGGUUUCCGUGUGGCUCGCGGAUCCUGGGGACUUUAACUCACAUCGCCGUUGUGUUGCCCCCUUGUGGCAGAAAAUAUUACUGCGUCCUCCUGUCACGCUUCAUCCCUGUGGACUCGGGUUAUUUUUCGCGUCGUUAGCUGCGGAGGUAUUGUAUUUAAGAAGUUAAACGUUUUAUUUUGCAGAAAUGAAAAACUGCCGUAACCUCAGUUCAGUUCACUCAGGCUACAGGUUAACGGGCACGUCUGUGCUCAGCUCAGUUACCGGUCUCGCUCCGCUCACCUCGACAGCGGAGCUGCUACACAACUAUUGCCAAACGCACUUCUCUCUGGUUUCACUCUACAGUUGUUUCUUAUACGGGAUUUAGAAAAAAAAAACAAAACGGCAAGUGUUUCAAACGUGUUUGUGACGUUUUAUGUUUUAACCUGUGCAUUAGCCGCUCGCUAACGAACUUGCGUAACUGAGUAACGGCAGGAUGUAUGCAUAGUUAGGAUGGAAGCGCAUUCUGGGCUAUCCGUUUGCCUGUUAAGUUAGUGAGCAUAGCGAAAAUGCCACGUAGUACGCCUCCCAGAGUUCGCAACAAAGUGGGUUUAAAGAUCCGUUGAAGCUGAUCCGCACGAACCCGAAUGAGACGAUGUUUAAGAGAGAAAACAGGAAUCGCAGGUACUUAUAUUUCCGAAUCGGUCGUUGAUGGCACUGGCUUUGAAAAGGACGUUACACAGCCCGUACCCGGCUCAAAGCGGACGCUUCCCUUCCCUUGAUGUAUAUAUGGAACGUUUUUUUUUUUUUUUUUGACGGACAACAUAUCAUUGCUAGACAUGAAAUAUCGUCUUAUUGUAUUAAUAGCUGGCUAACAAAACAAAGCAAAGACAAACAACGAAAAACACAAAAAAAAACGAAGGAGAAGCUUCUAGAACGUGAGGACUUUGUCAGAGGUGUGGCGUCGUUUCUGCUGUGCUCCCCGCCCCCCUCCCGGAGAAAGAGGACGAGGUCAGGUGGAUUCUGGGACCCGUCCUCUAAGUGCAAUCACAGGGGCUGUGCGGACACGCGGACACAGGCGGGAGACAGACAAACAGAGGCAACACUGGUAAUAUUUUUUUUUCUUUUUCUUUAAAAAAAAAAAAAAAAAAGGUUUUGGAUCUUUGUCUUUUUUUGUGGGGG